AUGCGUACUUCAAUCAGCAAUCUAAAAAGGAAACCAAUGAAAGCAACAAAGAAAAUAUUUUGGGAUGAACGUGGUGAUUUAAUACCGGAAGAUCCUCCUUCUCCACCUCCUAAAGAAAUACCACAAAUCGUUAUUAAAAAAGAAUCGCCAAAACCUAAAAAACGAACAAAAACUGAUGAAAUAGAAUAUAUUGAAUUGCAAUCAAAAGUUAAAGAAGCUAAGGAGCAAAGACAAAAGAAGAAUACGAUCAAGCCCGUAAAACGAAGUAGUUCAGUUAGUGAUUUUUCCAAAUUCAUACAAAGACAAAAUGAUUCAGCAAAACGACAUGUUGAGCAGCCUAAAAAGCAAGAGCAUAAAAUUACAUAUCAAAAUAAACGUUCUCAAUCAUUAACAAGACACAUUCCUUUUACUGUUUCAUCAGCUAGAACAUACCGAGCUCCUUCAAGAAUAAGUGAUUUUUCGUAUUUUGACGAUUUAAAUACAAGUGAGAAUUACACUGCACGAUAUAGCCCAUCUAAAACAAUAACAAAGGAUAUAACAAGUACAAGCACCUCAUCUAAAUUAUCAACUUCAAAAUUUAAUUACAAACAUUUCGAGCAAGAGGAAUUAGAUAGAACAAAACGACUACAGACAAAAAAGGAAGCAAUAUUGAAAGAAAACACCAUCAAACCUAAAAUUAUUCGACGAAAACCAGAUAUGGAAAAAAUAGAAAAAUUAGCACAACCUAAGGCACGAACAACAGAAAAGAUUAUUCAACCAGAUGAUAUAUUUGAUAUGAUACCGCCUCAACCAGCUAAAAAGAAACGAGGAGUUCCAAAAUAUAUCACACAAGUGAAUCAGUUUACGAGAUCACUCAAACAGUAG